AUGUCCAUCACCAUCACGACCGAUGCUCCGUCUCCGCGCUCGAAACCCCCUCCAGGACCCCCGAAAGAGAACACAACGGCCGUCGUGGACGAAAAUGUCGAGCUGGCCAACUUGCCCCCGGACGGCGGCCGUCUCGCCUGGCUGCAAGUCGCCGGCUCGUUCUUCUUGUUCUUCAACUCCUGGUCAGCGAGCGUCCUCUCUCUCUCUCUCUCUCCUCUGCUCAUUUCCUGUGCCGCUGACCAUCUUCAACCAAAAAGGGGUCUGACCAGCUCCUACGGCGUCUUCCAGACCUACUACCAGGCGACCAUGCAGCACACCUCGGCCGACGCCAUCGCCUGGAUCGGCUCCAUCCAGUCCUGCCUCGUCCUCCUCGUCGGCGUGCUCGUCGGGCCCCUCUACGACGCCGGCUACUUCCGGAGCCUGACCCUCACCGGCAUCGCCCUUGUCUUCCUCGGCCUGUGCAUGACCAGCCUCGCCUCGCGCUACUGGCAGACCCUGCUCGCCCAGGCCUUCUGCGUCGGCCUCGGCGCCGGCUGCCUCUACAUCCCCUCCGUCGCCAUCAUCCUGCAGUGGUUCGCCCGCCGCCGCGCCCUCGCCACCGGCGUCGUCGCCACGGGCAGCGGCCUCGGCGGCGUCGUCUACCCGCUCAUCGUCCAGGGCCUCCUCCCGCGCGUCGGCUUCCCCUGGGCCACCCGCGUCAUCGCCUUCGUCUCCCUCGCCACCAACGCCUUUGCCUUUGCCGUGCUGCGGGAGCGGAAGCCGGGGGGUCUCGGCGCCGAGAUGCAGCGCCGCCGCCGCGUCAUGCUGGACCUGUCCGCCUACCGCAACGUCUCCUUCGUCGUCUUCUCCGUGGCCAUGUUCUUCAACUUCUUCUCCUACAUGGCGCCCAUCUACUACCUGCAGCAGUACUCUCUCACCCACGGGCUGGCCGGCCAGGGCGCCUCGGACACGUCGGGGCUGGCGUACUACCUCGUCGCCAUCCUGAACGCCGGCUCCAUCUUCGGACGCUUGUUCCCCGCCUGGCUCGCCGGCCGCUGCGGGCCGAUCAACGUCCUCCUCGGCGUAUCCGUAUCCGUCGCCACCGUGGCCCUGUGUUGGCUCGGCGUGAGCACCGGCGCCGGGAGCGUGGCGUUCGCCCUCGCCUACGGCUUUGCAUCCGGCGGUCUCGUCUCGUUGCCCCCUACCGUCGUCUCGACUCUGGUGCCGGACCUCGGCUUGCACGGCACGUGGCUGGGCAUGGUCUCGACAACAAACGCGUUUGGGUCGCUCGCCGGGCCGCCCAUUGCCGGCGCUCUCCUGGAAGCCACCGGGAGUUACUUGGGCGUGCAGCUACUGUCGGGUCUCGGUAUGGUGGCCAUGACGGUACUGGUAUUGGUGUUGAGGAUGAUCAGAGUAGGAAAAGGGUCAACCUGGAUCGUGUAA